AUGUCAUCGGUUUUCUUUGAAACGCGUAGGAAAUUUGUAAUGUUUCCUCUUAAAUUAUUCUGGAGAAAAUGCAGUAUAACUUUUUUUAACUUAGAAUGCAUAUUGCACUGUUUUCUUUUCCUGCUAGUGUUUGGAAGAGCAAUACAUGCCAUAGCACGUGUUAGUGAUGAAUUUUGGUUUGACCCCAUAGAAAAAGGUCUUGCCUUAAGAUCAGUGAAUUCUUCAAGGUCAGCAUAUGCAUAUGUCUUCUUCUCAUCUAUGUUUUUUCAACGUUACUGCUGGACAGCUGUGUCUCAACCAUGUCAGAAGGAAAAACAGUUAUCCCUCCCAUGUAAAUUGAUAAUUAAGUCAAUUCUUCCUGUGUUUAGAUGUGUAAAUGUGCUGGAAAGGAAUGUAGAAAAAUGCAGCAUUUAUACAAAUGUUAAUGAUCAUCACAUAACUUUUCAGCUCCUCUGCAAACAUGGUGUUGUAAAAACAUAUAAUCUGACUUUUCAAGAAUGUGAUCCGUUGCAGGCUGUUUUUGCAAAGCACAUGUGUCCAAACAUACUUAAAGUCCACUCCAGGCUGCUGGCUGAUAUAAUGAUUCACUUUCCGACCAGCCAAGAAGAAGUAACCUUAUCGGUUACUCCAAUGAAAGUUUGUUUGAAGAGUUACACUGAGGAAGACACUGGUUUUUCAAAGACAAUGCUUACUGAAAUACAACUAAAUCCAGAUGAAUUUGACUACUUCCAAGUUGGAGUAGAUUCUGAAGUGACGUUUUGCCUUAAAGAAUUGAGGGGACUGCUAGCAUUUUCAGAAGCUACCAGUGUUCCCGUCUCAAUCCAUUUUGACAUAUCUGGAAAACCAAUUGCUUUCGGCGUUGAAGAUACGGUGCUGGAAGCCAGCUUUAUCUUGGCUACCUUGUCUGAUGUCGAAACGGAGACGGCUUCCCAGCAGCCUCCCUGCGUUUCACAGCGGCAGGAAAGCUUGAAGGCACGCACGGGUAAAUCUGAAAAAACCUCCAUGGAUAAAGCUAGCAAUGCAGAAGCAGCUGCUUCCAAAAAGCCACGGUGGAAUGGAAAUGCACCGAACACAGGGUCGGCGAAAACCACGAGUCCUUUGGCAAAACAAGAGAUUAAAAGUAUUCCCAGAGUCGCAAAGAAAGGUACGACAGGCGUAGCUGGAACAGCCAUAACCGAGGCAGAGGACCAUGCGAUGCUGGAAGGAGAGGCAACAGAGUCUCGUUAUCAGAAGUUUCAUUCCUUAUUUUUUGGAGCGGUUUGUUGUAAGGAGAAGGAUGCCAUCAGUCACACCUUCCACAGCUUAGCAACACCUAGCGACGCCGAAGAGGAUUCUGGCAGUGGGCAGAGCUCCCAAGUUCUCUAG